AUGUCAUACAAGCGAUCGAGAGACAACUUUGAGAGCGACCAACUUCCACCAUUUGCGCUCUUCGGCACACCUCUUCCUCCUCUCGACUCCGACACUCGCGACGAUGGCUCCUAUGUCCCUGUCUGGAAGCAAGACGCCCGCGAUGAGCAGGGUCGAAAGCGCUUUCACGGUGCUUUCACCGGAGGCUAUAGCGCUGGCUACUUCAACACUGUAGGCUCAAAAGAAGGAUGGGCUCCCGCAACCUUCACUUCCUCGCGUACCAACCGUCGCAAAGAUGCCCACGCUGCCCGCCCUGAAGACUUCAUGGAUGACGAGGAUCGCGCAGCCGCCGCAGAAGCACAGAAACUCCAGACUCAGGAUGAUUUCGCCGGCUUUGGUUCUACCAGCCAGGAUCCUCUGCGUCGUGGCUUGAUGAGCGAUCUGCUCAGGCCAGUGGGUGAGACUAUGGGCGUCAAGCUUCUGCAAAAGAUGGGUUGGAGACAAGGCCAGGGCGUUGGGCCUAGGAUCCGGAGGAAGGCACGCGGAGACGACAUCAUUGGCUCUUCGACAGGUGAUGGAACACACCUCUUUGCCCCCGACAACUCCCGCAUGGUGGCUUUCAGUCGGAAGAAAGAUCGAUUUGGCCUUGGUUACACUUCCGGAGAACGCUUGGACGAUGUCAGGUCCGCCGCUGAGCCGGACGAUGGAGGCGAAGACGCCUCUGAACCCUUCGAUCAGCCCGUCAAGCCCAAGGUAAAGGCGAAGCGUUCUGGCUUUGGCGUUGGCGUCUUGAACGAUACUGGCUCAGAUGAAGAGGACCCUUACGACAUCGGUCCAAAGAUAUCUUAUAACCGCGUCAUCGGAGGUGAUCGAAAGAAGAAGAAAGGCGGUAUUGUAGCAACUACCGCCAAUCCUGCUCUCAAGGGACUGAAGCAGCCGACCUUUCUGUCCAAGAAACUGGGACAGGGAAACAACAACGGGUUCAGGAAGUGCCAUGACGGCCGCCUUCCUCUCGAUGGCUUUGUACUAGCUUCAUCUCUUCUGUUGAACAAGCAGGAAAACAAGCACCCGCCUCCUAAUGUUCCUGAAGGAUGGGAGCCGAACCAGACUACCUCUGAAGCCACUAAAUCAUCCUCUCAUCAGUCUACUGCCGAUGCUGCUCGCGCUUCUACAAUGGACCCGGCAAGAAGAGCAGCAGCACUCGGAGAAGAACAGCUUCCCGGAAAGUCCAUAUUCGACUUCAUGAGUAAAGCGACACGCGACAAACUUGCCACAGCAACAGGUAGGUCGAAUCUUCCUAUGGCGCGAGGAGAGGCCGCACCUGAAGGAUGGCAAAGAUCCGAGGCCGACAAACAAAAGUCCUUGUGGGACCUAGUCCCAAAGAUUGAUGUCUCGGUCGCAGCCUCAGCACUGCAACGUGGGACAAGUGGCUGGAUGCCAUAUGCGGAGGACGAAGCUAAACGCUCUCGCUAUCGUUCAUUCCUCGAGUCUUGCAGCGGCCAACGUGAUGCAUUACCUGAUCGUGUCAAGGGCUCCACCAUGGACGAAUGGGCGAAGGAAAUGCGAGAAUUUGCACAAGCAGCAGAGGUCUUCAAACCUAUAUCAGGUCUGAUGGCAUCGCGGUUUACCAGCUCUUCAUCGGCACCUCGCCUCGCCACAGACACGAUUUCCUCAAGCUCCGAACAGCCGACCAAGCCUGAUGAUCCUGCUGAGGCCGCUGCGAAGAUUGGCAUGUUUGGUCCAAUGACCCGUACUCGUAUCCAAUUCUAUCCAACCCGCCUGCUCUGCAAGCGAUUCAACGUAAAGGCUCCUGCCCAUGCGGAUCCAGGAAAGGGUCCCACAGGCAACGAUAGUGUCGUCUUGGACAGUAGACUUGAUGUCGUCUCACAGGAUAAGAUGGAUCAAAUGAUGCGCGAGACAUGGUCCCGCCCAAAAGCUGCACCCGAUGGAGGCAACGAGACAUUGUUGUCCACACCUGCCGAACCUCAAGUCAGACCACAGGUGAAUGUCGAGGUCAAUGAAGCCAUUGAAGCAGAAAGACCUGGUGAUGCCGUGUUCAAAGCAAUCUUUGGCAGUGAUAGCGAAGACGAUUAG